CUCAGAUAUUAUAAAGGUAAGCCUUAACUUGGGGUUCUCUUCAGUCUGUUUGUGGGUUUCGUUGUAAUAAGUUUAUAAGAGUUUCUAAAAAAAAUAUCAUGAGUGAUUAUAAGUAUUUAACAGGUUUUGGAUCACAUUUCUCAUCUGAAGAUCCCCGUUGUCCAAAUGCAUUACCCGAUGGCCAGAAUUCACCACAAAAAUGCGCUUACGGCUUGUACGCUGAACAAUUGUCAGGUUCAGCUUUUACAGCUCCUCGAACGGAAAAUACCAGAACUUGGUUUUAUCGAAUAAGACCAAGUGUAAUGCAUUAUCCUUUCGAUAAAUAUGAUUUGGCACAAAAUUUAACAAAUAAUUGGAAUGAGUUACACCCAAAUCCAAAUCAAAUGAGAUGGCGCCCAUUUGAUAUUCCUUCAGUGGGAAAAGUAAACUUCAUUGAGGGUUUACAUACAAUUUGUGGCGCUGGUGAUGCCAAGACCCGUCACGGAAUUGCCAUUCAUGUAUAUCUUUGUAAUUCCUCGAUGAAGGACACUGCAUUUUAUAAUAGUGAUGGAGAUUUUCUAAUUGUUCCACAGCAAGGAUCACUCAAUAUCAAAACCGAAUUUGGGAAAAUGAAAGUAAAUCCCAACGAGAUUUGUGUUCUACAGCAAGGAAUGAAGUUUUCUGUAGAAGUAGAAGGCCCAACAAGAGGAUAUAUUUUAGAAGUUUUUGACAAUCAUUUUAAGCUGCCAGAUCUUGGACCAAUUGGAGCAAAUGGAUUGGCUAAUCCAAGAGAUUUUCAAACUCCUGUUGCACACUUUGAAGACUAUGAAAUUAGCGAUUAUAAAAUAAUAACAAAAUUCCAAGGUGCCUUAUUUGUGGCAAGACAAAGGCAUUCCCCAUUUGAUGUGGUCGCUUGGCAUGGCAACUAUGUGCCAUACAAAUAUGACCUUUCCAAAUUUAUGGUCAUUAAUUCGGUGAGCUUCGAUCAUUGUGAUCCAAGCAUAUUCACCGUAUUAACCUGCCCCAGUUCUAAGCCGGGUACAGCAAUAGCCGAUUUUGUUAUCUUUCCUCCAAGAUGGUCCGUACAAGAAAAGACAUUUAGGCCACCCUACUAUCAUCGCAAUUGUAUGAGUGAAUUUAUGGGACUAAUUUUGGGAAAAUAUGAAGCCAAAGAAGAAGGAUUCAUGCCAGGUGGAGCUUCUUUGCAUUCAAUGAUGACACCACAUGGUCCCGAUAAGAAGUGCUUCGAAGGAGCUUCUAAUGCUGUGCUUCAGUCAGAGAGGAUAGCCGAUGGAACUCAGGCAUUUAUGUUUGAAUCUUCUUUGAGCAUGGCUGUGACGAGGUGGGGUGAAGUGACUUGUCAAAAAUUAGAUGCAAAAUACUAUGAGUGCUGGCAAUCAUUGGAAAAACAUUUUAAACUAACAAAAUAAAAAUAAUUUUGGAUAAUUGUAUUGCAAUAAAAAUGUCUUUGUUUGUGUA